CAAUUGAAAGUACAGCGGACGCCUUGGCACGUGAUGCAGGUUUUUUUUUUUUUCAGUCUCAACAGCGGGUCACUGACUACACGUUUGCGCCCCCUUUAUUUCAGAUGUACGUUUGGCCUAUGCCUUUUCCCUCCAGGUAAAAAGGAUAUUCUCUUUAAGCAGGCAUACAUUGAAUUCUUUACCCCUCACAAUGGACUCUGACAUACUGAAUAUAGAGGAGAUAGUAAUGGGCGGAGGAGAGGCUGCUGCCCCUGCUGAACUGCCCUCUGAGAAGAUUGAGGAUACCUACACCACCUCCAUUCAGCAACAUGCACCACCUCCUGUUAUCCAGUCAUACCAGCAUGAAAGCCUCCAGUGUUUUCAAUGUUUUAUUACUUUCUGCAACUCAAAAGCCAAGGAAAGGCAUAUGAAGAAGAGUCAUCGGGAAGAGUACAAACAGCAGCUUCAACAGUGUGAUACUCUUUUCACAUGCUACGUGUGCGAUCGAACCUUCCCCUCCUCUGAGGAACUGACACAACAUCAGUCGACCCACAACAAGGAGGACAAGCCCUUCAAAUGUGCACAUUGCCAAGAAUGUUUCCGCACAUUCUCAGAGCUAACAACACAUCGGCGGCAAGUAUGUCCUGAACGUCAGUUUGUUUGCAAAGAAUGCAACGAGACAUUUCGAAGCCCUGGACUCUUGCGUAACCAUCGUUUGGCCCAGCACCCCGUGCCCAUGGACGGAGAGGAUCAAGAGGAUUCCACUAAGACCUACCGAUGUGGUAAAUGUGGCAGGGGAUUUGAAGAAGAGGCAGAGCUCCUGCAACAUCAGGAGAACCAUGCAGGUGACAGGCACUGCAACGGUAGUGCCGCCGUAAAACGUCGAGGGAGACCACCAAAAACUGAGCCAGCUGAGAAGAAAGCAAAGCAAAAGAAUAAUGAGGCAGAAGCAGAGGAACCUGAGGAAACCAACCAUUCAGAAGAUGCUUCUGCAAAACCAGCCACAGCUGAAGUGAAGACAGGAGGAAGACGAGGACGCCCAGCCAAAUCUACCCAGGAGCCCAAGGCAGAAGAUGAUAAAGCAGCUCUGCAGAUCCCUUGCACUGAAUGUGACCUCACUUUCCCCAACCUAGCGCAGCUUCGAGCACAUAAGAAAGAGAAGCACACGCAGCGCAAGCCUCACGCCUGUGGAGAAUGUGAAGAGAGUUUUAACCGACCUGAGCAGCUGGAGGCCCACAUGGCAAGGGCACACAGUGCCGGCCGGCACACUUGCCCCACAUGCGGAAAAAGCUUUGGCAGAGAAAGUAACCUGAAGGCUCAUCAACAGAGUCAUGGAAAAGAAGAGAAGCCAGUGGGAAAGAGAUAAUUCAGCUUGGGAGAAUUCCGUGGGUGUAUGUUAACAGAAGACAAAUUCAAUUUAAAAAGGGUAGUGUAUGGAAAAGUAGGUGGGGGCAGGGUUCACUUUAGAUUUUAAGUUGUAACAUAGCAGAGGAUCCUUCAACUGUGUGACCCUUGAGAGAUAAACACUAUGUGAACAUGUUAUUUGAAAACUGGAAACUCAAAGGGUAGUAAGUUCAUUGUAUCUUGACAUCUGUACUUCGCUUUGGCAUGGAAAGGAUUCAUACCCUCACUGAAUUCUCAUUUUUUGGGUAACCAUGUUGUAACUUAUACCAUCAAGAGAAACCCAUAGAAAAGCCUCAUUAUAUUGUUUAAGGCUUCAUAAUGCCGUUUUCUUUAUUUUUUCAGGAAAAUUUUAAAGUGUUUUCUAAUCUCUGAAUAUAAUGUGUUAUUGUUUUUACAUUAUUUUUUAGAAGUGUAUACAGUGGUGAGUGGAAAGAUUUACUAAAUGAUGUUUUCUGCCGAGAUCAGACUAAAUUUGAUUUCCGAUGUUUUAUUUUUUACAGGUAUGACUUGACAUUUGACUUGAACAUUAAUGUUACCCACAACUGAGAUGAAGUGAAGUAAAUGUCUGACUAAUUAA